AUGGCAGAACAUCAGGACAAGCCUCUUCACGAGCUGUUGUCUCGUGAGAUGGUCGAUCUCUACAUUGGCCAGGAGAACACGAAAUGGGUCUUGCACGAGAAGCUGCUUUGCUAUCGCAGCAAGUUCUUCCGCAACAUUUUCUACAGCAAGGAAAACAGAACUCGCCAAACUCAAAGUUCCUAUGGACUUCCGGAUGAAGAACCAGAGCCAUUCCGUAUGUUUGUCGGGUGGCUCUACAGCGGUCACACCCCCACUCCUGAAUCAGAGAAGGACCUAACGCUUCUGCUGGAUUUGUACUUGAUGGCCGAGAAGUGGGAAAUCCGUGAUCUGACCCUCGAAGUCCUCAAGAGCGUUCGCAACUGGUACAAGGAGUCUGACACCUACCCUGCCCUCCGCCGCGUGCAGUACAUCUACGCCAACACCGACCUCGAAUCUCCUAUGCGCCAGUUGCUCAUCAGCAGUGUUGCCAGAAACCUCGUCACUAGCGAAUCAGGCAUGCCACCGCAAUGGGACAAGGCUCUCAGAAAGAACGGCCAGCUUGCUGUCGACAUCAUCAUUGCUAUGCAGAAAUGGAACCUUGAGAAGGAGAGCAUCCCAGACGCCAGACAAGACCCGGUCAAGCCUAUCCUGGAGGACUCUGAGCAGGCCAAAGCUCAAAAGAACGAUGGCCAACAAGAUGAGGACCAGAGCAGCGAGCAGAAUGGUGAAGAGAACGACGACGAGAACGAUGGUAGCGAGGCCGAAGAAGGUGCCGAGGAUGAUGAGCAAGAUGAUGGCGAAGACAACGAGGACGGUCAACAAGAGACCGAGGAGCCACAAGAGUGA